GGGCAUUUUCCUUUUGUCCAGCUGUGGGAGACUUUCAGAUCUUUAAGCAGCAGGGACAGAUGAAACUAACUGGUCUGUUUAAGGUUUAACAGAGCGCUGUGCUAUUCAAGGUAAUUUAUUCAAUGCUUGAUAAAUUAACACUGUGAAGUUUGUGGGGUGGAAGAAAUGCUUGAUCAUAUACUACAAGGAUCGUUUGAGACACAGGGAUAAGAAUGAGCCUCUGCUCUGCAAACUGAAUAACUUGGGCAUUAUACAUUUAUCUUUGAGGAUUGUCUUUAAGGACAAAAAUCCAUGGGGGUCAAAUGCCAGUGAUUUUGUGGAAGCUCUUAUGAGAUACUCAUAAGAGGGAGUAUCUCUGGGAGGAAGGGUGGGAUAUAAAUAAAAUAAAUACUAGACUUAAUGAACAGUUGUAAUUAAGAAGUAUUAUAUUAUAGUCAGUAGAUGACAACAAGAGAGCCUUGUAAUGCCAUUUAAGGCCCAAGAAGAAGGUUGAUGUAGGAUUAUACAUUAGCAGCAUAAAAUUUAAAAAAUUCAACAGGUGGUGUUUCUCAUUCUAGAUAAUCCACCAGCGGCUUGGAUGGGAGCUUAACUGGCUUACGAUUAAAAUUGUGAAAUUAAAAUUUUAGUAAUUAUAUGAAAUAAUGUGUAUGAGAGAGAGAAAGAGACAGAGUGUGUAGCAUAAUUGUUUGUAUGUAAAAUUGUAUCCUCCUAUUUAUUUAUUUAUUUAUAUCCUGCUCCUCCUCCCAGAAGGAGUCCAAGGUGACAAACAAAAGCACUGAAAGCACUUUAAAACAUCUUAAAAACAAAGACUUUAAAAUAUAUUUUAAAAAAAACAUAUGAAAAAAUAUUUAAAAGCAAUUCCAGCACAGACACAGCCUAGGAUAAGGUCUCUACUUAAAAUGCUUGUUGAAAGAGGAAGGUCUUCAGUAGGCGCCAAAAUUUUAUUUAUUUAUUUAUUGAAUUUCUAUACCGCCCCAUAGCCGAAGCUCUCUGGGCGGUUCACAACAGAAUAAAACAACCAAUAUACAAUUUAAAACCUCAUAUAAAAUUAAAAGCACUCAAAAAAAUACAACGGUGAACUGUUAAAAUACUAAAAUACUAUAAGUAUGACGUGUAAAUACAAGAUGUUAUGAUGUAAAAAAGAUUAACUGAUUAAAAAGAUUAACGUAAUUAAAAUGUGCUUAAAAUGCCUGGGAGAAGAGGUACGUUUUAACCUGGUGCCGAAAAGAUAUUAACGUUGGCACCAGGCGUAUUUCAAGGGGGAUAGAUAACAGAUAAAAGAUAACAGAUGACGUCUGUCUAGUAUUUAAGGGAGGGAAUUCCAAAGGAUAGGUGCCACAACACCCAACCUCCUGAUAAGAUGUUAUCUGCAGGAAUCCUGCAGAGCUCAGAAGUGUUCUAUUUGUGCUGAUCAUUGGGCUGUAGAGCCUGCCUUCUUCCUCUCCCCUGCAAACAUUUUCUGUUGAGCAGGAAAAAUUUACACACUCCCUCUGCCUGGAGAAAGAAGAGACAUUUAAGUCAUGGAUCUUUUGGACACACAGAGAAAAAAAGUGGCUAUUAUUGGAGGAGGCUUGGUGGGUUCUUUAAAUGCUUGUUUCUUUGCAAGAAGGGGGUUCUUAGUGGAAAUUUAUGAAACCAGACCAGAUAUUCGUGGUUCCAAUGCAGCUCGCGGCAGAAGCAUUAAUUUGGCUCUGUCUCACAGGGGACGGCAAGCUCUCAAGGCUGUUGGGAUGGAAGAUCAGAUUGUGUCUAAAGGUAUACCCAUGAGGGCAAGGAGGAUUCAUACACUCUCAGGCAAACAAUAUUCAAUUCCCUAUGGGACAAAAAGCCAGUAUAUUCUGUCUGUGGAUAGAGCAAAUUUAAACAAGGAACUGCUAACUGCUGCUGAGAAAUAUCCCAAUAGUAAAUUAUACUUUGGACACAAACUACUUCACUGCAAUGCUGAACUGGGAACACUGACCUUUUCAGGAUCAGACCAGAUGUCAAAAGAGGUUACUUGCGACCUGAUUGUUGGCUGUGAUGGAGCCUUUUCUACAGUUAGGAAGCAGCUCAUGAGACAAACACGUUUUAACUACAGCCAAGUAUAUAUUCCUCAUGGAUACAUGGAACUAAAAAUACCCCCAAAGAAUGGAAAUUUUGCAAUGGAACCAAAUUAUCUUCACAUUUGGCCCAGGAACACGUUCAUGAUGAUUGCACUGCCAAACCUGGAUAAGUCAUUCACUUGCACUCUAUUCAUGCCUUUUGAUGAUUUUGAAAAGCUCACAACAGGACAGCAAGUGCUGGAUUUCUUCAAAACGUACUUUCCAGACUCAAUUUCUCUGAUAGGAAAGCAAGAACUGAUGCGAGAUUACUUUUUGUUACCAGCCCAGGCCAUGGUAUCUGUGAAAUGCUCAUCAUAUCACAUUGUCUCUCACUGUGUGCUGAUGGGGGAUGCUGCACAUGCAGUUGUACCCUUCUAUGGACAAGGCAUGAAUGCUGGAUUUGAAGACUGUCUGGUUUUUGAUGAGUUAAUGAGCCAGUUUCAAAAUGAUCUGUGUAUUUGUCUUCCAGAGUUCUCAAGGCUGAGAGUACCAGAUGACCAUGCAAUCUCAGAUUUAGCCAUGUAUAAUUAUAUAGAGAUGCGGGAGCAUGUUAAUUCAAAGUGGUUCAUCUUCCGAAAGCACAUAGACAACCUUCUUCAUGCGCUCUUUCCCUCCACCUUCAUCCCUCUGUACUCUAUGGUAACAUUCUCCAGAAUUCGAUAUCAUGAAGCUGUGCAAAGAUGGAAAUGGCAGGAUAAGGUAAUUAAUAGAGGUCUCUUCCUCACUGUGGCAGCAGCAGCACUGAGUGGCAUCUAUCUGCUCAGAAAUGACAUUAAGCCAAAAUUUGACUUCUGUUUAGAGAACCUGUGGAGAUUGAAACUUGGCCUCAGAAAAUUUGGAAAUAUACCACUUGUUACACAAGACUGUUAAAAAUAAGAGAGAUAGAAAGAUAUCUUCAAGGUCUCAAGUUCACCCGUGCUUGGAAAGUCAGAUCUCCAAAGUAUUCCAGAAGUAGUCAUUGAGCUUAGUAACGCUGGAUCCAAGUGUUACAAUCCCUUCCAUGUUGAACCCAAUAGGGCAUUUAUCAUACAUUUCAGUAGCAUUUUGUCAUCUUCCUAAGGAAUUGGUUAUGUGCCGUAUGAGUUUGAUGGCCUAUAAGAUCUCUGCCAAAGGUUUCUGACUGUUAAAGGAACAUUAGGGUCAACUUUUACACACAGGAAGACAUGUGUAAACCAACUGCAUUCUGAUCUUUUGUUCAACUUGCAAUAGAUCUGUAUCCAAUUUUUUUGAAGUGCUUUCCAAAUUAUUAAGUGAACACUUGAAUUAUAAUGUCACAGAGAAUCAGUGCUGUAACAGAAUCAGCAAUAUACCUGGUAUAUAAAAUUCA